UUUCUAGUGGAAAACAUUGAAUGAUUUCCUGAAUAACCUAAUCAAUGGGUGUUUAUUUUAAAAGCUUUCCUUGAAAGCAAUUUUCUGGAAAAAAGAAGAAUGAUUGACUUGCUGGAAUCGUUACAGGAACUUUUGCCUGAAGCGCAACUCCUAAAUUUAAUACUCGUUCUUGGUGCAUUUUGCCAACUUUUCAAGCUAGAAAUUAUUUUAAUGAAACAGCAUUAACUUAUAAACAAGUUCACUAUAUUCAUGGCUUCUGUAAAGAACGAAAGAGUGCAGUUUAAGCGCGAGCUUGCUGAUGGAAAAAGUUCUGUAGAACCGCUAACACUGACUGAUUUGGAAGCAGAGGACCCAACAGAUGAAUCAACUCAACUGAUAUCUCCCAGAGAUCUGGCGCAGAUAAACUUUAGAUCACUCAUUGGCCACACAGAUGAGGUAAAUACUUGUUCAUUUUCACCUGAUUGGUCAAAAGUUGCAACAGGAGGCGAUGACAGUUUAGUAAAACUUUGGGAUUCCAAAUCAGGUAAAGUCCUGUUCACCUUGGAGGAACACCAAGGUGCAAUCAAGUGUGUGUGCUUUUCACAUGAUGGACAGCUGUUUGCCUCUGCUUCUUAUGAUCACACUGUUAGAGUAUGGAAUACCAUGACUGGAAAACAAGUUUACUGCCUUCAAGGGCACACCCAUAGUGUUGAGACAUGCUGCUUCUCUCCUGAUAGUCAGUAUCUUUGUUCUGGAUCUUGGGACAAUUCUGCUGUUGUUUGGACUUUAAAGUCAGGCACUCCUGCUUAUGUGCUAAGUGGACACAGAAAUGUUAUCCAGACUUGUGCAUUUUCAUUAGACAGCAAGAAUGUAGCUACAGGAUCAUGGGAUUGUACAGUGCGCAUUUGGUCACUUGGUGGUAAAGAUGUCAGCGUGAAAUGUUUGAAGGGGCACAAGAGUAAUGUUCAUGCGACAGCAUUCUCUACUGACCAUAUUCUUGCAUCUGCGUCAUGGGACAUGACAAUUAGAUUAUGGGACUCCAAGACAGGAGAGCUGAUGCACAUCCUGACAGGACAUACAGGCUGGGUACAGGCUUGCUCAUUCAACCAUACUGGAGAACUUCUUGUCUCAGCUUCAGAUGACCAAACAGUUCGUGUCUGGGAUACAAAAACUGGUAAAUGUAUAAAAGAACUGCAGUGCAACACUGAUGAAGUCCACACCUGUUGUUUUACCCCAAGUGGAUCGUUGUUUGCGUCUGGACCAGCUGAAGCCGAGACAACCAUCUGUAUUUACUAAACUCAUGGCUGGAUGUGACUCGAUGUAAGCCAAAAAAGGGUGAUGUCCCGGCACGUAAUCCUUACCGUAACAUGUACAACAAUCUUGAUGAGCAGUGUUCUCAUGGGCUGAAUUAGGGGCAAUGGAUGCCAGUUAAUAAACUACGCCCAAAGGGUAGCAUGGCGUGACCGUGACUGCACCAUGUACAAGAAUUUUAAUUGGACGAUUAGCAAUCUCAGACUGGGUUUUCCUCAAUUGACGGUUGGUCAAUAGAUUAUUUAACAUACAGUAGAGAGGUAGCGCGCCUUAGCAGUGACGGCGCCAGAUACAAUAGUUUUAAUUAGAUUAUUAAUCAUCUCACAGGCUGGGUUUGCCUGUAUUGGUGUUGGCCAAUAGACUACGUAACAGUAACAGUAGCAGUAGAGAGGUAGCGUGACGUGACCGUGAUUGCACCAUGUACGAGAAUGGUGAUUGGAUGAGUAGUUAUCUCACGAGCUGAGUAUCCCUUAAUUUAUGUUGGUCAAUAAAUUUUGUAUCAUACAGUAGGUAGGGGUAGUGUACCGUGACCGUGACGGUUCCGUGUAUAAGAAUUUUUAUUGGAUUAUUAGUAAUGUCACAGGCUGGUUUUGGGUUGUUCAAUAGAUUAUAAAUCUCACAGUCAAGUGAUGGUAUACCGUUGCCCUAACAGUACUGUGUACAAGUAUUUUAAUUGGAUGAAUAAUGAUCUCAGGAGCUGGGUUUUUCUCAGUUGACGUCUGUGAGUAGAAUGUGUAGCAUACAGUGCAGGGGUGCCAUGGCCGUGACGUCGACGAGAAUUUUCAUUAGAUUAGCAGUCGCAGGCUGAAUUGCACGCUUGGCUUAAAAUCAGUAUCGUCACAUGCCGCAACAAAAAUGUAAAAAAUACUAUACUUUCAUUCACCAUUUCUUUCCUCCCAUUCCCUUAGUUCUCUGCGCAUGCACUGUAACAAAUAAGUAUUCUUGUUCGUGAAAAUUUAAUAAUAUUCCUAGCUAUUUUUCUAACACUACGGUGAAGUAGCAUUCUUGGAAUUCUCUUUCUAAAAAUGGCUAUCCUACUUGUCUCUUUUCGAGUCUUUGAGGCACUACAGCCGCGCUAUCCCGAACCGCUACCGGAAGUAUAAAGCAUGUGCAGUCGACUAAUGUGAAAGACGCCAUUUUUUUUUU